GGUUUUCGAGAGAAUAGGUAUUGGAGAAGUAUGUUUACAAAAAAAAAAAAACUAGUUUCGAAUACUUGCUGCGUUUUUCGAGAAAAUGGGUAUUUUACAGUUCAAUGCGACAAACCCUAGUUUCUUCGUUCAUCGAACACAUGCCAAAUUACAAAAAAAAUACAGAUUUCAACCCAAAAAUAUAGAUUUUGUAAUCUCUGGUUCGAUUUUUUUUUUUGUUGGUAAUCUCUAGUUGGAUUCAGAAAUUAGGUGCUAAUCAUUUUCUGGUUCUUUUUUCUCUUUACUGUUUCCAUGGACAAGGCAUGCGUGUUUUUUUUCAGUUGUACUGAACAAAAUUUAUGGAGUUGCUAUGGAGGAAUUCAAAUCUUUUCUGAAGAGUGGUUCUAUCCUCUUUUUUGAAUCCUUUGCUGGACACAUGCUCACAGCGGGGUCUGAUAUGCGGACAAGAUGUGUACUUGCAGAAUUAUUUCUCUCUGGGGAGCUACUUACACUCAUUGAGGAUUUCCUUAUAAACAGAAGAAUGCUGGUGUAUAGUGAUGUUUCUUCUUAUUCAUUAACCCUUCGUGGUUCAAUAGUUGACACCUUUCUGCACCAAAAAGAAGUGCAGCUGUCAUAUGAAACGGCUCUAACGCAUCAACUACUGGCAGGGAGCAUUUUAUUAGCAGCAUUAUGUGCAGCGAUUGACUGUUUUGGGUUCUUAUGUAGGAGAUGUAUUGGUGCCUUUCACAUGGAUUGAUGUAUUGUGCUUGUACUCUGGUUUAUUUUUUUCUAUUGUUGAAAGUUGGUGGAAAUUUUGUAAAGAAGGUACAAUCUGGAAUUUGGAAAACAAUGGAGUAGAAUCUGGUUUAUUUUGUAUUUCUUGAACGUUAGUGAAU